GGAAAAUAGAGAAUGAUGACGAGGACAACAAAGAUGAAACCAUGCAAGCUUGAGGUUUUUAAACACACAAUAGGCAGGAAUAUGAGUCCUUGUAAAUAUUUCUAGUCAUCAUAAAAUGUUGUGAUGUUAUGAAAUUUUACUGAGUUUGUUGUAUAAAAAUGUUGUCCAUGUUUUACUCCAACUUUGGAUUGCACAAGGGUGUCUUUGACAGUCUCAUUACUGGCCUAAUUGUACUGUCUCGAUAUCUUCGUGGAAAAUUUAUCAUAACUGAGCAAAAAGAAGGAUUGAAUGGAGAUGGAGGGCGUUUUUGCUGAAGGUGUUGAUGGUUAUUUUGUACCCGAGAGUCCCAUUUCGGAUAAUCAGCAGGUGAACAUUGGGAGUGAUACCGAAGCUGUGAGGCUCUCGGGUUGUAUUAAGAAUUUGAGCAGGGAAACUGAAGGUGAAAUUGUGCUUGAUUCAGAAGAUGAAGGAAUGCAUGGAAAUGAAGGCAUUCAUGUUGAAGCAAUGACAAGAGGAAGGUGUGUGGGGAAGAGAAGAUAUGCUCCUGGAAAUCAUUCGUGCGAAGGAUACCUUAGGAAGAAGAAGAAUCCUUUGUGGGCUAUGAAGGAACGCUUAGAUGUUGAGAAAACCCGGCAAGAUUUGCAGUGCAGUGAAAUGCCAAGGAAUUUGGGUAGAAUCAGUCGGAACAGUUGUAAAGAAGCUUCAGCAAGAGAUGAUGAUGAUCUUAACCACUGUCAUUCCCAUCUUCCCAUGUGUAAGUACGUUGAAUCUCAAGAACCAGAACGCUCUUCAGAAGAAAAUGCGCUGAAAGUUGUGGACCUUUACCUAUUGAACAAUGAUCCAAAUGCAUAUCCCCUCCUUGAAACUGGAGCGAAGGGUAGGUCACUGUCACCCCAAAUUUCACACCCAAACGGACCUCAAACUUUGGCAAGGAUAAAGAAUCAGACACUCCUUGAUAAGAAGCUAGAAGUCUUUGACUGGUCUGGAAAUUCAAGUGGCGAUGAAGAAACUUCUUCCUUAAACAGAAGGAAAAUCAACUUAGAUUUGGAGUGCAACAUUGAUGGACUCUGUGAUGGUGUUCUAGCAGUUCAGAAGCCAAAAGCCGUAGGUAAUGUUUUCCAAUUGAAUUCCGGGGAAGGAAGAUCAAGUUCAAAUAAAAUGGAGAUCUCAAAGUUUCAAGCCCUGGGUACUAGUUUUCAGGAUGAGUUGCAUAAAGAUGAACAGGAUCAAUUGGAUGUAGUAUCCACAUAUGACUACGAGGUUGGCUUUGACACCCAAGUGGCAGCCGAGGCUAUGGAAGCCUUGUCUUAUGCCCUUCCUCUAAAUUUGGAUCCUUUUUGUAAACAUAAGGGUACUAAAAAAGAAACCCAGUUGUCCAGUAAUCCACCAAAAGGGGCACGGGAAGACAAAAGAAUAAUUGAUCCUGAAUUACUUCCCCCUGCAGAAUCAGGCUUGCCAUUUUCUAGAGAGCUUCGCUCAAAAAAGAGAACAUCCAGAAGGCCUUUAAGAAAGUUAGAUGCUGAUUUUAGUUCAUUCAAUGAUAAAAAAUGCGGUUUGCGUGACAAGAGAAGGGGGAAAAUGGGCAAUCAUCAAAACAACAAUCAGUCAUCCUCAAGUUUUUUGGAAAGGUUUACUGAUCAAAGUUUUAAAAAGAGCCUGGAGGUUAUGAAUAAGAAAGAUAACUUAGUAUAUUGGGUCCAUCCCAGAGGAAAAAGGACACAUAAAGGGGUAUCUCGACAUUCUUCUGGAUGGAAUAAUCAGUAUGCUUCUUCAACUGUUGUUUCAAAUUGUAAUUCUUCCACCAUUACGGACAAAGGGAUACCUAAGUGUCGCGAUGGGGACAUUUCUGCAAAUCUGAAACAUGUUGACUCGUAUGAUUUGUUUUCAAUAGUAUCUUCUGAUGUUGUGUUAACUGAUAGAACAAUAAACACAGUCUCAAGUGGAAAUCAUAUCGAACAAUAUGACUUCAAGGGUAGCAAGCAUGGGAGACGACUCUCUAGAACAUUCCUUACUAAAGAGCUUGCUAAAUUAGGGCAUAGAGAGUCACUGCCUGAUUUCAUGCCGAGAAAUUCAAGGAGGAGAAAGGGUCAUACAAAUGUCAAGGUCUUGCUCAGCCAGGGUUUGGAUAAGAGAACAAUUAAACGCCAGAAAAAGAUUGUGGCACGGCUAGGCUUUUCCAUGGCAUCUUGCUGUUCAGAUGCUUCACACUUCGUAGCUGAUAAAUUUCUGAGAACAAAGAAUAUGUUGGAAGCAAUGGCCAUUGGGAUACCUGUGGUUACACAUUUGUGGCUUGAGAGUUGUGGGCAAGCAAACUCUUUUAUUAAUGAGAAGAUGUUCAUAUUGAGGGAUUAUAAAAAGGAAAGAGAAAUUGGUUUCAGCAUGCCUGACUCUCUUGCCUUUUCUCGCCAGCAUCCACUUCUGAGAGAUCAUAAAGUGUUUAUUACCCCAAACGUGAAGCCCAGUAGAUGCAUGAUUCAAAGCUUGGUCACUGCAGUUCAAGGCCAGGAAGUGGCUGAAACCAAAGAUGUAACUACUCAAGGAGGGACAUUAGUUCUUUCAUCUGAAGAAGAUUUUGCAGCUUGUGCACCAUUUCUAAAGAAAGGAAUUGCAGUUUACAGUUCAGAGCUUUUGCUUAACGGGAUUGUUACUCAGAAACUUGAAUACGAAAGAUAUAGGCUAUUCAAUAAUCAUGUUAAGGAAGACUGCCCAAUCUCCCAUGCACUCUAACCUGGAGAUCAAGUCUGUAUACUACAUGCAAUAUAAGGCGCUGGUAAAU